AUGGUGAAGCAAAAUCUCCCCUACGUGAUCAUCACCUUAGUGAUGACCGAACUCGCCAUUGUUUACCCAGGGGAGGCAUUGAAAUGUUAUUCAUGUAACUCGAUAGAAGAUGAAUCUUGUAUCAAGUCACCAAAUAAAGACGUAGAGUGUCCAAAUCCCACAACCACUACCACCACCGAGCCCACAACCACCACCACCACCGAGCCCACAAACACCACCACCACCGAGCCCACAAUCACCACCAAGUCCACAACCACCACCGCCACCAAGUCCACAACCACCACCGCCACCGAGCCCACAACCAACACCACCGAGCCCACAACCAACACCACCGAGCCCACAACCACCACCGCCACCGAGCCCACAACCAACACCACCGAGCCCACAACCAACACCACCGAGCCCACACCCACCACCACCACCGAGCCCACAACCACCACCACCGAGCCCACAACCACCACCACCGAGCCCACAACCACCACCACCGAGCCCACAACAACCACCACCACCGAGCCUACAACCACCACCACCACCGAGCCCACAACCACCACCACCGAGCCCGCAACCACCACCACCACCGAGCCCACAACCACCACCACCGAGCCCGCAACCACCACCACCACCGAGCCUACAACCACCACCACCACCGAGCCCACAACCACCACCACCGAGCCCACAACCACCACCGCCACCAAGUCCACAACCACCACCGCCACCAAGCCCACAACCACCACCGCCACCAAGCCCACAACCACCACCGCCACCAAGUCCACAAUCACCACUAAGAAUGAUUCAGACAAGGGGGAUGAAGGGGAAAAACAGAGUGAAGAAAACAAUCAGUUUGCAAGAAAAAUUUCAUCGGGUAGAAAACAUUUAUCGAGCUUUAAUAGAGUACGCAGAAGCAUACUUUCUGGUAAACCGAGAACGUAUGCUGAUGAAAUAACAUCGACUUGUAUCACAAUUGAAAGCAAAAUUGGUGACCACGAUGUUAUCGUGCGUGGAUGUGCUCCUUCCAACUUCCAGUGCGAGGAAAAUAUGAAGUGUAAAAUGUGCACCGAGAAUCUUUGUAACAACGCCAAUACAGUGUCGAUCAGCAUGGUAACUUUGGGAUACCUGAUGCUGUCAUGGGCGACUUUGUCCGCUCUUAAAGAUUUUUAGUAGCUCUUGAACUUGUAACAUUUGAUUUAAAAAAAAACAUGCACAUAUCCAUUCUUUUAUAACUGACAACAUUAUUUCGGUACGAGUACGGAUACGUUAAAUAAAAUUUUUAUAGAUAUAUAAAAGUAUGUCUUUUUGAAAUUAUUAAGCAGAUUGGUAAGUCAAAAGUGACGCGAGAAUUUACGCGGCCUGUAGCGGUUAUUACUGUAUAUGUAACAUGGGAAAAAAUGGAGCAAACACUACCCGUGAAAAUAAAAACGUAAGAUAUUAUAUAUUUUACCAAUAAAAUACGAAAUUAAAAUAAGCACUUUUCUCAUUACGUGCUAUAAUUUCCCUACAAAAUAAUCUAGUAUAUUAUAUAUUUUAUUUGUGUGUUUAGCCAUCCUGGACACUUAGAAAGAGUGUCCCGAUCACACAAUUUAGAGAAAUUAGAAGCAGCAUGCGACGCUAUACUUAAGUUACGACGGUAAUUAUUGUAAAAGAAUGGGAUUUGAUUAAUUGCGUUUUAGUUGAAAGGAAUACUUGUUGAGAAAGUGUCAUCUUGACAACAAGAAUGUUACGGGGUUUCAACGUAAUUAAAACAACAUCCUUCAGUGACAAACAUUACGUGCGAUCGUUCAAUUAAGUUCUUUAUUAAAAAUGAUUACUUCCCAUAUCUUGAGUGUUACUAGGAAAAUAAAAUAUCGCCCGAUCUAUGUGUUCACCUUGAUCAAGGACUGUUAUAACGAUUUUAAUUAAGUCGCGUAGUAUUCUUUCGUCGUGAUUACGAAGGUCGCGUGACCACCGGCACGCACGUCAAAGCAGAACGAUUUUUUAUUACUUAAUA